AUGAAUGAAUAAGAAUAACUAAAAUAAUAAUUGAAGGAUUUUGAAGAAAAAUGCAUCUAUUAAGACACUUAAAUAGCUCGUCUUUUGAAUGACAAUAAAGAUACCUAUUAAGCCAAUCAAUAGCUGACCCAAUAAAUUUUAAGCUUAGACAAUAUAGUGAAUUAACUAAUUAUGGAAAAUUAGUUUCUUAGAAAUGAAAAUGAUUCCAUUAAAUAGAAUUCGUAUAAAGCUUAAUCAAACUUUUAUUCAACAUAUUCAGAUCAGGAAUUCUUUGAGCCAAAUCAUGAAAUUGCUGAUAUGAUAAGCUAGAAAUAAAAAAAGUUAAAAGAACUCAAAUUAAUUUAAUAAAAGGAGGAAUUAAAGCCAAAUCAACCAAAUAAAAUUGUAUAAAGCUUAUUAGAUGAAGUUAUAUAAGAUAAAAUAAUGAAUUUAUAAAUGGAUAUCACAGCUUUAUAAUAAUUAUUAUAAUAAUGA